ACACCAUCUGGGGGCUCUUUUUCCCUCGUGAUAACCGCUCUUCCAGGAGUGGAUUUCCCUUCCGAGGGGUAGAUUUCCUCUCACUUCCUGCUGUCUUAACUGUGAGUCAGUUGUAAGGGGGAUGUUUGUAACUUGGGGACUGCCUGGAUACAGAACCUCAUAAUUUUUUAAUUGAUAUUUUCCACAGUGCCCAUUGGGGAGUGGAAGGAGGGGUAAAACUUAUUCAAGUUAUUGUUAAAACAUCAUAAUGUUAUCAAUGAACCAAGUGGCACCCAAGAGAUGAUUUGUUAGUAAAACCCACCGUUGAUUUGGAACCGGAGGAGUCGUUUGGAAGAGGGAUGUUUGGAACUCGGGGACACAGAUGCCUGUCUGUGGGAGGAUUCCGAAAUCGAAAAGAGAAAGAACGGGCAGCAAACCCAACGCGGAGCCUUAGCAGAGCCUCGUCUCUCCAGUGAGAAGGGGUUCUGCGGUCCCUGAGGGCUCGUGGGCCCGUGCUCUGGAAACCCGAGAAACAGUCUGGACGCCUGGCUCUGUAGUGGAGCGAGAAAAAGGGAAGGGGAGGGAAGGAAGGCAGAAGCGGACCCCACCCCGUGCCCUUUCCCCCCUCCCUCCUCCUUUCGCCUUGAUAGCGAGGUGGACCAGUGGGUGGGCUCUGGAUGGAGCAGAAGGGCAGCAUUAAAAGCAGCAGCAGCAUCAGGAGUGGAAAGGGAAAGCCCCCCCCUCCCCCGAAGAACGAAUCAGAGUGAUCGGCUUCGAGACCCGAGACGGCAGCAGCGUUUCCUCCUCCUCCUCCUCCACCACCACCACCUCCUCCUUUUCCCGGAGGAGAGGAGCCCCGCCGCCGCCUUCUUCCUCCUCCUCCCCCUUUCCCUCUUCCUCCUCCUCCUCCUCGGCCUCUCUUUUGUUAUUGGAUGCGCGUCCUCCUCGCCUCCAUCCCUCCCUCCGGAGCCCCUCCGUGGACCGUCCCGCGCGCUCUUUGGUGGCUCUUCCGCGGCGAGAACAUGAGCAGCAGUGUCGGCAUCCGCGCUCCCUCCUGUCUCCUUCUCCCUGCUCUGUCUCCGCUAUGAACACGAUCCGGAUCGACUUCUAGCGCGCUGCUCCAUCCCCUUCCAAUCCCCGGAUUUCUCUGUGCGGCGCCUCCCCUUCACCCCCUCCCUCUCCCCCCAAACCAAAAAACAGCAGCAGGUUCGGCGUAGACCCCGAUGCCUCCCUCCUGGAAUGUCCUUUGAGGCGUCAAAGGGGCCGGAAGCGUUGCAAGCGAGGCUGCGGCGGUGGCGGCGACGGCGGCUCUGACAAGAUGAUGCUGAGCCCGGACCAGGCCCUGGACUCGGACCACCCCUCCUCGGCGCCCUCCGAUCCGGAGUCGCUGGAGGCCAAGGGCCUGCGGAGCUGCUGCGCCUCGGACUUGGAGGCGCUCGACGAGGGCGAGGGCCCCGGCGGCGGAGGAGGAGGUCGCCCGGGCCCCCAACACCCGCCAGCGCCGCCCCUGCAGGCGCUGAGCCGCGAGGAGAAGCGUCGUCGCCGCCGGGCCACGGCCAAGUACCGCUCGGCCCACGCCACGCGCGAGCGCAUCCGCGUAGAAGCCUUCAAUCUGGCCUUCGCCGAGCUGCGCAAGCUGCUGCCCACGCUCCCGCCGGACAAAAAGCUUUCCAAGAUUGAGAUCCUGCGCCUGGCCAUCUGCUACAUCUCCUAUCUCAACCACGUGCUCGACGUCUAGGGUCCCCGAGGGGCGGCGCGCGCCGAAGGAGGGGGCGGGGCUUCCCUCCCGGGCUCAGAGACGGAGACUGCGUGGCUUUAAGCUCGUGCCUUAAAGGGCCCCCUUGAUCCGGGCCCUUCGAAAGAGAUGGGGGGGGGGCUCGAAAAGGAGCGUGAUGUAGGCUGGUGGGGCAGCCCACAAACAGACUGUCAGGUGCCCCUUUUUAUUCUAGAUCAGGGCUUCUUAAACUUUCCCACUUGGGACCCCUUUCGGCCUGAGACAUGUUUAGGGUAUGUACAGGCUGUUAGGAAUUGUCGGAGUUGAAGUAGAAAACCCCCGGAGGGCCGAAGUUUGCCUAUGCCUGCUAUAUAAAAAAAUAGGUAUAAAAACCCAACAUUUCCUGAUCACAAAACCAGGCUUGCUAAACAUGUUGAUCUUCCUUUUUAUGAAGUACAGCUGAAGCCGCUUCUGCAGAGUCCACUGCAAAUACAGGGUAUCCCAAAAAUGUAUACAGUGUUCCCUCACUACUUUGCGGUUCACUUUUCAUGGAUUCGCGGUUUUGCGGUUUUCCAAUAAACUCUAAAAGACGUUAUAAAUAAUAAAAAAUUACAAUUGACAGCCUAAGGAAGGGAGGAAGGAGAAGCCAAAGGGAGAGAAAAGGAGCCCAAGCGGCAGCGGGAGGAGGGGGCGGCCAUUUAUCAACACACAAUUGGUUGAUAAAGACCUAAAAUUGUGUAUAACUACUAAAAUAAUGUAUAAAUAUUAAAAUUAAUAUAGUGUCCCUACUUUGUGGAUUUUCACUUAUUGCUGGUGGUCCUAGAACCUAACCCCUGCAAUAAGUGAGGGAACACUGUACACACUUUAUACCAGUGGUGCUCAACCUGUUAGUCCCCAGGUGUUUAAGUCUACACCUCCCAGAAAUCCCAGCCAGUUUACCAGCUGUUAGGAUUUCUAGGAGUUGAAGUCGAAAACAUCUGGGGACCCACAGGUUGAGAAACCACUCCUUUAGAAGCUGCAGUUUCACAAGUCACUACUGACACACACAAAAAAGCUGAUAGCUCAUUAGAUGUUUUCCCUCUCUCUGUUAAACCCACUGGAAUUAAUAAUGGAAGUCAGACUAAGCUUUGAACAAAGGAAAUUUUUUUAAAAUGCUACUGGAAGUGUUCUAAAGCAGUUGAAGUGCAAAGACAACUGGGGUUUCAAAGAGAUCCACCACUUACCAUGAAUCAAAUUAGAGAUAAGUUUGAGUCUGAUAGAACUGUUCAGAAUGGCACACUUUCCCACAAAGAUUGUGUGGAGUGAUGAGGCUACAUUCAAAUUAAAUGGUUCAAUUAACCACCACAAUUACACUAUUGUGGACUUGAUGUUACUGUGGAACAUCAUGUUAAUUUACCAGGAGUUAGAGUGGUCCAGCUUAUCAUCAAGAUGAUUAAUUGGAUCAUUCAUACACACACACAAACACUUUUUAUUUAAUUUUCACACUUUUAUACCAUAAAAGUGGGGGAAAGGCCAAGGAAAGUAUAAUAAGUUGAUUAUGGAGUUUUGUUAGUAAGUUAGGUCUAUCCAUAAGUCUAAUGUACUUCCAAGAAUUAGGAAGGGGAGGGUAUUAUUAUACAUACAAUAGAGUCUUACUUAUCCAAGCUUUGCUUAUCCAAGCUUCUGGAUUAUCCAAGCCAUUUUUGUAGUCAAUGUUUUCAAUAUAUCGUGAUAUUUUGGUGCUAAAUUCAUAAAUACAGUAAUUACAACAUAAUAUUAUUGGUAUUGAACUACUUUUUCUGUCAAAUUUGUUGUAUAACAUGAUGUUUUGGUGCUGAAUUUGUAAAAUCAUAACCUAAUUUGAUGUUUAAUAGGCUUUUCCUUAAUCCCUCCUUAUUAUCCAAAAUAUUAGCUUAUCCAAGCUUCUGCCGGCCCGUUUAGCUUGGAUAAGUGAGACUCUACUGAACUUCUAUUUUUAAAGCAGUACCAUUUACAAUGUCUUUUGCUUAAGAAAACAAAAAAAAUGUUUGUUUUUUUAUUCCAUUUGUCUUUCUCGUUGAUCUUUUUCUUAUCUUCUCCUCUGGGCCUAUACCAUUAAUAUUUCUUAAAGUUAUUUUGCCACUUUACUUAUAUAUUAAAUUUUCUAUUUUUCUUACUUUUAAUAAUAACAUUUCAUUUGUAUUUCUUAGAGCCAAUUUCAUUUGUUAAUGUGUUAGUAAUGCUUGUAUAAAUACUUUUUAGGUUGGUCCAUUGUGUAGACUUCUUUUAUAUCUGGUUCCCAACCUUUUUUUGAUCAGGAUCCACUUGACCAGGUACCACUUCAACCACAGUUCACUUUGAGCAGGGACUACUUUGACCAGGGACCACUCUCCAACAUUAAUACCAAAAGGGUUAUAAAUCAGUUUUUGGUCAACUUUAGAUUUGGUUUGGUUAUUUGGGGUGCUGAUUCAGAAAAUUGCAUUGGAUAGACCACAUCAGCUCUAGUUUCUGAUACACAACAUAUGCCAUCCAGUAGUCGCCAUCUGCUCUCCCACAGAAAACCAUAUUUAAUAAUCUAGAGCUGAUGUGAUCCAUCCAAUGCAAUGGUCAGCUCUGCAGAAGUGAGUGGAAAUAAAAUAAAGAGGAAGGAGGUUUGUGGACCGGAUUUUUAUCCUCACAGGCCACUGCUGGGCUGCAGCCCACAGGCUGAGAACUACUGUUUUAUAGCAACCUCUCUCUCUCUCUCUCUCUCCUCUCCCUCUCCCCCCCCCCCCCCCCCCUCUCUCUCUCUCUCUCUCUCUCUCUCUCUCUCUCUCUCUCUCUCUCUAUAUAUAUAUAUAUAUAUAUAUAUAUAUAUAUACACACACACCUAUAUAUACCAUUCUUGUUUGACGCUACUGUGGCUGAUGUAUAAUUUGUGCCAUUCUGAACAGUUCCAUUGGAUUCAAAUUUAUCCCUAAUUCAACUAAUGGUAAGUGAUAUUGGUGGAUCUCUUUGAAACUUCCUGUCUUUGCACUUCACACUUCCAGUAGCACUUUAAAAUGAAUUUCUUUUGUUCAAAGCUAGUCUGACUUCCUUUUUUAAUUCCAAUGGGUUUAACCUGGGGGGGAAAAAACCAUAAUUUUGCUAUUAGCUUUUGUGUGUAUACAUUUUUGGGAUACCCUGUAGAUCUGUGUAAAUGUCUCAAAUAGCCACGAUGGCAUUCAAAACAUUUCCUGGGACCCCAACCUUGAGUUAAGGGGAUCCCAUUUGGGGUCAGGAUCCACAGUUUUAAGAAGCCUUGCUCUAUAUUCCCCCCCCCCCCCCAAAAAAACAAAACAAAACACAAAAACACAAAAUGAACGUUCAAAUCUCAUUCCCUUGUGACCUUAAAUGUGUGAUCCAGGAGUGCAGUUCAAAAAAUGACACUAUUUAUUUUGUAAGUUAAGUUAGAAGAAGUAGACUAUUUUCUCCUUGAGGCUAUUUUUAACAUUUCCAAGAGUGGUGAAGAUUUCUUUGCAUUUUGAAAGACUUUGAUGCCAACUGUUUUUUUUCUAUAGUCGAGUGUUUACAUUUUCUUCUGUGAAACGAUGGUCUUGAAUUUGGAAGUGUGUUUUGUGGGGGAACCAGGUGGCGAGUUUCAUUUGGCUCUGGUUUGUACUGCGCCACUUCCCUGUUUUUAAGCGUAUUUUAUAUCUUCCGAUUUUUUGUCCUUGAUAAGCUUUCUUUAUUUUGUGUGUUGGAAUCAGACGAUUUAGCACUUCACUUGGAAGAUUUUUUUAAUAUAUAUAUUAUAUAGAUAUAUAUAUAUUAAAAGGUGUAUUGUUCUUCUGAUCUGUAAUACUGUCUUAAGAAGAAUUUUGCUAUUUAUAAAGGAAGUAGUUUUGGUUUGUCUGUCUGUCUCUCUGUGAGCGUACAUGUAUGUCUGUGUGUGUGUGUUUUCUAGAAAUGCGUUCCUUUUUCUUCUCAAAGAAAAACUGGACUACUUUCCUUUAUGACGACCAAAAAGAAAAAAAAUUACAACCAUAAAUUUUUUUGCUGUGAAUCUCUUAAAACAAGAAGUGUGUUUUAGGGAAAGGAAGAAAAAAAGAACACAUCUGUUAUCCAAAGAUUUUUAGUCUUUUUCAGGGUUUUCAGUGUGUGUGUGUGUGUGUGUGUAUGUAUGUGUUGCUUUACAUAAGGCAAUAUUUUGUAGUGAAAAUAGAGAAAUCUGGUUUCUGCCAGAAGCAUUUUUUCAUAUCUCUCAUGAAUGGUGCACUGUUUUGCAUAUAAAUAAAAGUAUCAAAACCUG